AUGGCUGUAGCUCAUGAUGAACAAAUGAUGGACCUCAUUCGUGCUCGAUUGGCCAAUUCGGAAAGACCUCUAAGUCGCUUACUACGCGCGUUUUAUCGACUGGCAACUCUUUCACCUCAAGUUCAUGAUGAAACUCAAACAGAUAACUCAAAAGGAAAAUCACAAGAUUACUCUGAUCAACUUUACAUGCAACAUGCUAGUUUUCUCGUCGAGCUCAAUUCACUCACUAGAUUAUUGUCUGAAUCUAGAGGUAUUAGAAUGUUACAGAUGACAGCUCUUGAACUUGAAGGAUUAGAAAAAGAAAAAGUACGAUUGGAAUCUGAAGCUUUAGAAGAGACUAGUAGGAUAUCUCAAUUAGAAUUAGAACUUGAAGACGCUAGACGUGAAAGAAAGAACAAAAUUCAGUAUGAAGAAAUCGGGAAGGAAGUUAGGAGAUAUGGUGAUCGAUUUACAAGUGCAGGUCGAAUCAGUGGUCUUGCAAAAGAGAUUACCAACUUACUCGACGACCAACGUCUUUAUACCGAACGAUGGAAAUCAAGAAGAGAUCAGUUUGAUACUGUUGUAUCGAAUCUGGAAGUCCUUCAGGAAAGUAUAAAGGAGGAGAAAGCUGAUGCUGAUCGUAAGAAGGCUCUGAAUGAUGACGACGCAGAUGAUGAUGAGGGUCGAGCAGCAGAAGAAGAGGAGGGAGAUCAAAGUGGGAUUGCCGAGAUGAGCAAACAAGCCGUUGACGCUGAUAUGUCUAUCGAUCUCAAUGCUGCUCCUUCUGCGCUCAACGAUUCUGAACACGAAUCAAGGCCAAGUACACUGAACCCAACGGCCUCUGUCUUCUUACCAGAGGGUUCGACUCAAGGCUCUGCUGUUUCGACACCGGACAAUCGUUCAAGACUUGGUGCACGUGCUACUAAUGAUACCCCGCAGCCUAUUGAACGACCUUCUUCAAGAUCAGAACAGAAUGUAAUGGAGAUCGAUGUACCAGAAGUGCGAGUCGAAUCCACUCCUACCCGACGUGAUCUUGAUGAUGAUGCAACAAUGGAAGAUGGGGAAGAAAGGGAAGAGGUAGAAGAAGGACAAGAGAUGGAAAGUGAUUGA